GCUUGGUCACUUUCCAUGGCAGCCAGGAGGUCUGUGGAGAGCCUCCAGGAUGAAGCCUCCUGCUCCAUCUGCCUGGAACUUUUCCAGGACCCCGUGUCCAUCCACUGUGGGCACAGCUUUUGCCGGGUGUGCAUCACUCAGAACUGGAAAGGACUGACCACCAACUUCUCCUGCCCCCGGUGCAGGGAGAUGGUGCCCCGGGAGAGCAUCCGACCCAACUGGGAGUUGGCCAACAUCAUCGAAAUAGCCAAGAGCUUGAACCUGCAACCAGUCAGAGAGGUGGAAGAAAGGGAGAACUUGUGCAAGGAGCAUCAGGAAGCCCUGAAGCUCUUCUGUGAAGAUGAGGAAAGGCUGAUCUGCGUGGUGUGUGACAAGUCCAAGGUGCACUGUAACCAUUCUGUGGUUCCUGUGGAUGAGGCUGCCAAGGAGUACAAGGAAAGAAUUCGGACCCAACUGCAGCUUCUGAAAUUAGAGCACGAGGCGCUUCAAUCUUCCGUGAAGGCUAGAGGAGACAGAGUCCAGGACUACACUAAGAGGAUAGAAGCUGAAAAGCAGAAGAUUGUGACCGAAUAUGAGCAGCUGCACAAGUUCCUGGAGGAGCAGGAGUCCUUUCUGCUGGCUCAGCUGGAGAAGAUGGACAUGGAGAUAAUGAAUGCACAUAAAGAAAUCCUCACCAGGCUUUUGGAGGAGACCACGAGCCUGGGCACUCUGAUCAAGGAGGUGGAGAAGAUAUGCCAACAGCCAGACUGUGAACUCCUGAAGGACAUCAAAACCACCUUGAGCAGAUGCAAGAGGGAAAUGUGGUCGCAGUCACUCAAUAUUUCCUCUGAGCUGGAAGAGAAAUUCUGUGAUUUCACAGAGAAAACCAAAGAUGUCAAGGAGUCUAUGGAGAAAUUUCAAGGCAUACUGGAGUUCAAACUUCCUUUAUUGAGCAACGCCUGGAGGGGUCCCAACUGGAUCGGAUGGAUGGGAAAGGAGAGAAAAAGACCCUCAAAAUCUGCUACAAUGAGCCUGACUCUCUCUCCACCUCCAGCACAGGUGACACUGGACCCGAACACGGCCAAAGCCAAGCUUUACCUCUCAGAAGACUGCAAGAUUGUGCGGUGGGGAAGGUAUGAGCAAAAGCUACCCUCCAACCCCGAGAGGUUCAAAUUCCAUCCCUGCGUGCUGGGCUCGAGGGGCUUCACGUUGGGUUGGCACUGUUGGGAGGUGGAGAUCAGCAGAGAAGGCAUGUGGGCCAUUGGGGUGGCCAAGGAAUCAGUGCCGAGGGAGACAGAUUUACCCCUGGUGCCCGAAGAGGACAUAUGGGCGCUGUGUCACAUCAGCAGUGGGUACAAGGCUCUGACCCAUCCCACUGUCACCCCCUUGACCCUACACAGUGUCCCCCAGCGGAUACGAAUCUGCUUGGACUGUCAGGAAGGGAGGGUGGUGUUUUUUGAUGCUGUGAGCAAGGCACGGAUCUUUGCUUUUCGGCAGGCUUCUUUCAAAGGGGAGGCGGUCUACCCAUGGUUCCUGGUGAGGGGGAGUGCUUGCUUCAAACUUCUUUAAACUUUUUUCCUGUCCUGGUUUUGGCUGGGAUAGAGUUAAUUUUCUUCUUAGU